UCCUUGACACACCUCCGUGCGGCAGUCAACAUGGCAUUGAACCGGUUCUCUCGCUUCAGCAUUCUCUCUGUUCGAACAUCAAAAUGCACAUCAUUUGUGCGCUUGUUUUCAGGAAGUGCUCCUCUGGGCAGCCAGCAACCGGUGGGGUUUAUUGGCUUGGGACUGAUGGGCAACCACAUGGCACGCAACCUCAUCAAGAAGGGCCACCCCCUCAUUGUGUAUGAUGUCUCCAAGGAUUCUGUAGAGGGACUACGGAAAGAUGGUGCGACAGUGGCAGCAUCUCCGGCAGAAGUAGCUGCAGCCAGCAGCAACAUCGUCAGCAUGUUGCCGGAGAGUGUCCAUGUCGAGACAGUCUAUGCCGGGGACAAUGGUGUCUUCAGUAAGCUUCAGAAAGGCACCUUGCUGAUUGACAGCAGCACGAUCGACCCUGCUGUGUCUCAAGCCAUGGCCCAGGUGGCAGAGAGCAAGGGAGCAACCUUUGUCGAUGCCCCAGUGUCAGGAGGUGUGAACGCUGCCCGCGAUGCCCUCCUGACCUUUAUGGUGGGCGGAUCAGACCAAGGAUUCAAUGCUGCCAAAGUCUACCUGGAGCUCAUGGGCAAAAACGUUGUGCACUGUGGUGCUGUCGGGACAGGUCAAGCAGCUAAGAUCUGUAACAACAUGUUGCUGGGCAUCUCCAUGAUCGGGACAUCGGAGACCAUGAACCUGGGCAUGAAACUGGGCCUGGACCCUAAGCUCCUGGCGAAAAUCCUCAACAUGAGUUCAGGGCGUUGCUGGUCCAGCGAGGUCUACAACCCGGUGCCCGGUGUGGUGGACGGCGUGCCCUCCAGCAACAACUACCAAGGGGGCUUCGGGACGGCACUCAUGGCAAAGGACUUGGGUCUGGCUCAGAGUGCCGCCACUUCCAGCAAGUCCGCCACUCCCCUGGGCUCCGCAGCUCAUCAGAUCUACAGGACCAUGGUCAACCACGGCUUUGGGGGCAAAGACUUCAGCUCAGCCUUCAAGUUUCUUCAGGGUGACGAGAAGAAGUAACCUGUUUGUGUACCCUGUACAGUACUGAACAAAUGUAUGUUCUGUGGGACAGGUCUUGCUUCUCAGGCACUGCAAAACACAUGACAGAUUUUAUUGUUCUUUCAGACAUGAACUGUUCGAAAUUAAGAAUGAAACUUCAUCACACUCAGGUUGAAGGUUAAACAUUUAUGGGGUUCAAAUGCAUAUCAGGGAUUAACCUGGGUCUAUCUCUGUUCGAGUCAUGGGACUCUCAGUUGGAAAUUUAGGGGUCCAAGACUUGAACAUGGUAGUCCAAGACUGGCAACAUUUGGCAAGCUUUUUCUUGAUUCCCAACGGGCGGUCGGGUAGCCUAGUGGUUAAAGCGUUCGCUCGUCACGCCAAAGACCCGGGUUCGAUUCCCGACAUGGGUACAAUGUGUGAAGCCCAUUUCUGGUGUCCCCCGCCGUGAUUUUGCUGGAAUAUUGCUAAAAGCGGCGUAAAACCGAACUCACCCACUCACUCACACUUGAUUCCCAACAACUUUACUGAUGUCUCAGCGUGACACACGUCGUAUGCCUCAUGCCCCGUAUGCAUGGGGUCGAUAUUGCCCACAUGGGUACAUUGUUUGAAGCCCAUUUCUGGUGUCCCCCAGCCUCGUAUUGCUGGAAUAUUUGCUAAAAGUGGCGUAAAACCAUACUCACUCACUCUUAUGCAUAGGGAUUGCAAUGUUAGAUUGAAGAAAAUCAAAAACUGACACACUGAAAUUUCUUUCCAAAAAUGAAAUGUCAGUUAUGAGUAACAACUUUGAUGAAUUUAAUGAUAGCCAUACUUUUUUCCAUACAUCAAGGACCCCAGAACCUCUUUAAUUGCUAACACUUCAUCAUGAUAAUUGAUAAUUCUGACAUGCAGGUACCACUUUGUUUUCCCACCAGUCUCACAAAUUAUCAUUGCCUGAAAAGCAAUUCCUUCAUUAUUCCAGUCUGGAGUAAAUGGAAGUCAUUCUUUGUCUGGUGUUGUCAUUUCAAUGUCUGGGAAACACAUUCAAAGUGAAGCCAUAUUUGUUCGGGGAAAUUAAUUUCUCUAUAAAAUGAUACUCUUUGAUUGUCAUUUGUUGGUUAAUUGAUCACCGGUCUUGGAUAAAAGUGAAUCUGGGUUAUCUCCCUUACAGUAUGGUUUUGCAAUUGAAGUUAGUUGAUCCAUGGAACAGUCAUUAUUAAAGUAGCAUCAUGUUGGAAGUUACACAGAUGUAAAAGACAUAUUUUUGUGAAAUGUGCUUAAUUGUUCCACUGACAAAAAUCAUUUAUAAUCCUACUGUAUGUUCCAUUUAUCGAAAUGAGCUGGUUCUCUGAGGACGUGUUAUUUCCGAUGUUGAAAUGAAGAUAUUGACAGAGAAGCAAGAUUUGACCUGUUUGUGCCAGUGACUGAUGUGUAUGAUAAAGUGUGUUUGACAGGGUUUCUUCCAGAUUUUCAGGGACUUUUUACUCUAUAGGUUGGUUGACUCAGAACUCAAUUUAUUCUCAUUUACAAAGUACUUUUUGUGACUGUAUUUCAAUGUGUGUUUUAUUGUUAAUUUAAUUAUAUCCAUUAUUAUGAUUGUGUUUGAAGUUUUAGUCUCAUAAUAAGGUCUAGAUUCAAUUACCGUAUUCGACAUAAUAAGCGCCCAGGGCGCUCUCAAAGUUAGAAAUAGGGGCCUCUUAUUAGAAUAUUAUUUUGGUGAAAAAAACAGAGUUGAAAGAUUGUAAAUUUCGUGGUUUAUGCUGACAGCCUGAAAUGU